AUGGGAAGUCGUAAAGUGCAACAAAAAAAAAAGAAAAUAUAUCUAUCAAAUUAUUAUAUCAUAUUCGACCCCAUCACUGAUAAUGCGUUGCACCUUCUAGAAAAGUGCCUGAACAAAACAAGUGAUGUGGAUAUCGUCCUUAACCACUACAGUUCACUUGGCUUCCAACCAGAAAAUUCUACAACAUCUGCGGCAAACAACAUAGUGGGGUUCAUCACAAACCAGUUCUAUUCGCAGGUAUCCAUCUUUAAAUCGAAUGAAAGUGAUCAAAACAUCAAACCAACACGGAAAAAUGGCCAAAAAACGCGGAUCCACAAAAAGCGUAACCCAAAAACAUCGAAACGGACUGGAAAGAAUCCUCAAUUUCAUUCACCAAGACCAGCAUUUUGCCAGCCGUCUGGCCAAAGCGCCUAG